AUGGACGAGGAGGGGAAUCCACUGGAGAGGGACCACUCCCUGUAUGUGGUUCUGCCUGGGGGACAGGAGAAGAAUGCCAUGGUGCAUGGAAGUAAACCAGUGAUGGACUUACUGGUGACCCUUUGUGCGAGCUACCACCUGAAUCCCACCGACUACACCGUCGAGGUCGUCUCGACAAACAAGAACAACAUCAGCUUCAAACCCAACUCUCCUAUUGGCUCCCUGGAGGCAGAGAGGAUUGUGCUGAAGCCCAGAGGAACGGAGGGAAAGAGCAGGACGCCGUACAUGCCGGAGGCCACCGUCCGCCUGCUGAUCAACUACAACAAGGCCCACAAGGCGGUGGUGCGGGUGAAUCCCAGAGUUCCCCUGGAGCUGCUGCUGCCACGGGUGUGCGACAAGUGCGAGUUUCAAGUGGACACGACCGUCCUACUGAGAGACCCUCAGUCCACAGAGCCACUGGACCUGACCAAGAGCCUGGACCAGCACGGCCUGAGGGAAGUGUUCGCUAAAGACUCGGCUGUGACGGAGCCGGCUGACCGGCCCAAGACACCAGGAGCAGAGAUCAUCUCACCACCUUCACUACAAGUUCUCAUGCGUUGUACAGAGCUGCCAAAGAAGGAGUCGAGACAGAAGGAGAACCCUGGAUUCCUCAGCUUGUUCAGAAGAAAGAAGAAAAACCCAGAGCAGGACGGAGCCGCGAGCGUCCCGGCCUCUCCUGCUACCAACAAACCGAUGGUGCUCAGUAUGAAUGUGCAGGACGCCUACUCCUCCAUCACUGUGGACACGCCCAAGAAGAGGCGAGCCCCCCAGCCGCCUAUGAGUGUGUCUCUGAGUGUCCCCAACAACCUGAGCACCUGUCACCUCCGGGAGCCGCAGAUGUCUGCAGACUCGACCCUAAGGAGAACCAAGAGGAGGGCCCCACCCCCGCCCUGUGCAAACUCCCACCAGGAGCACCAGGCGGACACACAGCUCACAGGGCCGGUUGACCCUCUGAACACUCUGGAGGAGCUGAGAGAAAGCGACGAGUCCGACUCCUUAGACCUGUCACGUUCCUCGUCUCCGUCACCACACUCAUCUCGAACACUGCCCUCCUCAUCCUCCUCUCGACCAUCGUUUGAACCGUGUCUGCCUUCGUUUCGAGGGAAAGACUUUUCAGAAGCCCGCAGCGCUCUCGCCAAAGUCCUGUCAUCUUCUGUUUCCAAGGGAACUCUGGUCAAGCACUGGAGGAAGUCUGCCAGCCUCCCGAAGAUUCACCGGAGCUCCUCCUCUCUGACUCAGAGGUUUACAGAUAACGGCCUUUUCCGCAUCGAGCUCGAGUCUGUUCUCAAGUCCAGGCUCUCCACUGAGCCCCAGUGGGAGGAUCCUCGGCAGAAGAAGGGGAUGACCACUUUCAAAGUUAUUCCCCUGAACAAGCAGAAGUCCCAUGAACCAGAGACGCCUCCGGAUGUUCCAGACCAGCACCAGGUAACGGUAGAAAAUGACCCUGAGAGCCAAGCUUCUCCUGAGGCUGAGAAUUAUCAAUCUGAGCGUGAGGAUGAUUCAUAUUCUCAUGGAUCAGACACUGGAACACCUUUGCAGAGCCAGGAGCUCUCUUCUCAAGAGGCUUCUGAUGCUCCAGACUCUCCUCCACCUGUCCAGGAGGCCUCUGAGGCUCCAGACUCUCCUUCUCAAGAGGCGUCUGAUGCUCCAGACUCUCCUCCACCUUCCCAGGAGCCAGCUGAGGCUCCAAACUCACCUUCUCAAGAGGCGUCUGAUGCUCUAGAAUCUCCUACACCUGCCCAGGAGAGGGCUGAGGCUCCAGCCUCUCCUCCACCUGCCCAGGAGCGGUCUGAUGCUCCAGACACUCCUCCACCUGCCCAGGAGACAUCUGACGCUCCAGGCUCUCCUUCUCAAGAGGCUUUUGACGCUCUACAAUCUCCUCUACCUGCCCAGGAGCCAUCUGAGGCUCCAGACUCUCCUCCAUCUGUCCAGGAGGCAUCUGACGCUCCAGACUCACCUUCUCAAGAGUUGUCUGAUGCUCCAGACUCUCCUUCACCUAGCCAGGAUCCGUCUGGUGGUCCAAACUCUCCUCCAUCCGACCAGGAGGCCUCGAAGGCUCCAGACUCUCCUUCACCUAGCCAGGAUCCGUCUGGUGCUCUAAACUCUCCUCCACCUUCCCAGGAGGCAUCUGGUCCUCCAGACUCUCCUUCACCUAGCCAGGAUCCGUCUGGUGGUCCAAACUCUCCUCCACCUUCCCAGGAGGCAUCUGAUCCUCCAGACUCUCCUUCACCUAGCCAGGAUCUGUCUGGUGCUCCAAACUCUCCUCCAUCCGACCAGGAGGCCUCGAAGGCUCCAUACUUUCCUCCACCUGCCCAGGAGGCGUCAGACGCUCCAGACUCUCAUCCACCUCCUCCAGAUUUAGCCGAUCAGAAACGUAUGGUCUCACCUCUUUCUGAGGUUGAGGGCAACGAUGAAAGGCCGAUGGAGGGUGAGGAGGAAGAACCUGAAGUUGUAUCCGAGGUGACUGCAGCUACAGAGUCAAACAAACUUAGUGACUGUCAGAUAAACUCAAACGAUGAGAGCGAAGAUCUUCAGAACCCUGGUCCAGGGUCUGUGAGCGGGGGCGUGGACCAGUGGGUCUCAUGCACGGAUGAGACUGAAGAAGAGGACGUGUUUCCUCCUCCACCUCCACCCGUCUUCUUUAGUGAAGACCUAGAACCUCUUGAAGAGGUGCAAGGAGACGCCAUCAUUUCUUCUCCUUCCCAACCAUCAAGUCCUGCCUGCAACGGAGAGACCAACGUGUUCAGCGAGGACCAUCGAGACGUCUCAGGUGGACCAGUGCCUUCGGACAAGAUGAGCGCGGCUCCAUCCAGAUUUGCUCAAGCGGUGGCGUUGGCGGUGCAGAGGUCUCACCUGCAGAGUCAUGGGAAAGCUCUGGACUAUCAGGAUCCCAGUGGUCAGCACAGUGUGCCCCCCUCAGCACCCAGUUCCACGUACCAGUACGGUGCCUGA